UGACACAGCAGCGAUCUCGCUCUCUUUUCACUUCCCUUUUUGUUUUCUGCUGCAGUCGCUGUGAAGCAGGACGACUCUCUUCAUCCUCAGCUCUUCACCUCCGCUCUUCAUCCUCAGCUCUUCAUCCUCAGCUCUUCAUCAUCAGCUCUUCACUCGACCGCAGGACGAGACGCUGCGUUACCUGCAAAUGGGGCUGGAUACGUGUUUCUGUGCUCAGGCCCCCAAGUGGCUGAGCUGCGGUACUGCGGCGUUGUUGCUCCUGGUCCACGUCGCCCCGGUCGCCACGCAGACGUGCGGCGGGAUUCCUGGGAUACCGGGAAGUCAUGGGCCCAACGGCAGCGACGGUGCCAAAGGAGAGAAGGGAGACGCAGGCGAGUCAGGCCAACCUGUCAGGGGCCAGAAGGGGGGGGCAGGUCUGCGUGGCCCCCCCGGCCGGCCCGGGAUGAAGGGGGAUGUGGGUCUGCCGGGGGCCAACGGAGUCCCAGGCAAGCUGGGGGAGAAGGGGAGACCCUUCCUCUCCUCCGGCCAGGUGAACCCCUUCUUCUCCCGGAAACGGCUGAUUCCUCAAAUACCAGAGGUCGACACGAACAUCGAAUUCAACAGGGAGAUUUCGUCCGACCUGGAUCAACAGUUUCAAGGGGUCACGCUGACAAACGGCACGUUCGCGUGCGUCGUCAAGGGCGUCUACUUCUUCAGCUACCACGUGUCGGCGAGGAGCAGAGUGUGUCUGAAGCUGUUGAAGGGCGCCGACGUCCACAUGACGCUGUGCGACAUCUCUGACGGUUUCCUGGUCACGUCCGGCUCGGCGGUGCUGGAGCUGGAGGUCGGGGACACGGUCGCGCUGCAGGCGACCAGGUACAACAGCCUGACGAGCCAGAGCAGCACCAGCCACACCUUCACCGGCUUCCUGGUCUUCUCCACGGCCUAGAGGCCACGCGGUCACACUUGACCGUGACUACGGAAGAGCAUUAGGGCCAAUCAUGAGACAAUAAAAGGAAGAGAUUUUUCGAGAAUAAAGUUGAAAUGUCGAGAAUAAAGUUGAAAUACUUUUUCGAGAAUAAAGUUGAAAGUUGUGACCCGGAAGCACUUUUCAGCACCAAAACGACCGGAUGUUGAUUUUUGUUAGCCAGUUUGCUAGCUGCUAACGCUAGCUGCUAACCAAGUCGUAAAGUUGCGAUAUUAUUACUGACAGGCUGAAUCUGGAAGAAACAACGCGGCGACAACGGGUGUUUGCAACAUGAACGUCGACGUGUGUCCCGACACGAUAACGUUCAAUUCUAAACAACUGCUAAUGAAUUUCGAGAGGCGCGCAGUUAGCUUCGCUAGCGUAGCUUUGCUAACGUUAGUUAACGUGGAUGUGUGACAGCUGAACUGGAACCACAACUCGGACGUUUAGGGACAUUUCAACUUUAAUCUCCACAUUUAGACUUUAUCGUCGAAAUGUUAAAUAAAUAAAAAUAAUUAAUUAAAAAGGAAAAUCUCCCCCCUCAUUCUUCUUAUGCCUGGCCCUAAUACUCUUCGGUUCUUAACAGCACAAACACCAGCAAACCGAUAAAGGUUUUUUCUCACGCCGCACGUUUUAGCCCAUCACACAGUUACAGAGUAAUAUAGUAGUUUCAAUUACUGAUGUGCAUUUUCCAAACACAUAAUAUUUCAUGCUGAAUUCCAGCCUUUCACACGCUUUGUUCAGAUUCGUUUUCAGUUCAUUUUAAAGGUUGCCAGUUAACGCAACCUUCAGAAAUGAAAUCUGCUGUUGUCUCUGUACUGGCCGACGUACUCUUCUUUCAUUUUAACACUCUCAACAUUAAACAGCUAAAACUACA